UUUGGGGGGAGGGAGGGAGUCUGGUAGGGUGGCAGGUGGCUGAAGGAGGGGUAACACAGAGACUUACAAGAAGGGAUAUUCCGUUGGAUUACAGUCAUCCUCAGUUUGAUCUCGGUAGUCUCUUGGGCUUGAUCACAGAUUGUCCUGGCUUCCGCAAUGGCCUCUGCUAUCCUGGUCGUGACUCUGGUUGUUUGGUGCUGUCUGGCCAGCACGGCUCACGCAGAUCUGGGUUACGCUCCUACGGACUUGGCCAACGAAGUCUCUCUGCAGGCCCUGUUCGAGCGAUGGUCCGUGAAGCAUGGCAAGGUUUUCGGUGUUGCUGAGAAGGAGUCUCGCUUUCGCACGUUCGUCGAUAACUUGCACUUCGUGCACAACCUGAACUCGCAGGGCAAGAAGUUUACACUUGCUCUCAAUGAGUUCGCUCAUCUGUCACACGAGGAGUUCAAGUCGACGCGCCUGGGCUUCCGUAAGGACAUGGAUUCUCGCAGCGACAGACCUCUUCGCGGAAGCUUCAUGCACGCUGACGUCAAGGCGCCGGAGGAAGUCGACUGGCGAAAGGAGGGAGCGGUGACUGAAGUGAAGAAUCAGGGCCAAUGCGGGAGUUGCUGGGCUUUCUCAACCACUGGAGCCGUUGAAGGCAUUAACAAGAUUGUGACUGGCGAGUUGAUCUCGCUGUCGGAGCAGGAGCUGGUUGACUGCGACACGAAGAAGGAUCAGGGAUGCGGUGGUGGACUCAUGGACUUCGCGUUCGAGUUCAUCAUUAAGAACGGCGGCCUUGACACGGAAGAGGAUUAUCCGUACGACGCAACCGCGCACAAGUGCAACAGGGAGAAGAUGAACACCCACGUUGUCACGAUCGACGACUACGAAGACGUUCCGUCCAACAGCGAGGCCGGCCUCAAGAAGGCUCUUGCUGUGCAGCCCGUUUCCGUCGCGAUCGAGGCGGAUCGCCGUGAAUUCCAGUUCUAUUCGGGUGGUAUUUUCGAUGGUGAGUGCGGCACAGAUCUGGACCAUGGCGUCCUGGCCGUCGGAUACGGCACAGAGAACGGAACGGACUACUGGAUUGUGAAGAACUCCUGGGGUCCUCGCUGGGGUGACCACGGCUUCAUCAGGCUGGUCAGGAAUGUCGCUGCUGAGGAGGGCCAGUGCGGUAUCGCCAUGCAGGCGUCCUAUCCCAUCAAGAAGGGACCCAACCCUCCUCCCGGUCCUCAUCCUCCUCCCACACCUCCUCCCUCGCCUGAGGUGUGUGACCGCAAGCACGAGUGCCCUCAUGGCACCACCUGCUGCUGCGGACUGCCUCUUGGGAAGGUGUGCCUGUCGUGGGGAUGCUGCCCCAUGGAGCACGCCACCUGCUGUGACGACCAUCACCACUGCUGCCCUCAGCAGUAUCCCGUCUGCCGCACUGACAUUGGCAUCUGCACAAUGAGCCCCAAUAUGGAGUUUGGAGUGCCCCUGCUCACUCGCUCCAAGGCCCAGUUCCGCUGGCCGUUCCUCCGUGAUGUGCUGGGGCGCAAGGCAGGACAGGAGGAGGAGAACGCCUCCUAGAAGGCUUGUUGCGGGCAAGGCGCUUCUAGGAAGCUGCCUGUCCUUAGUCGUUGGCAUACUCCAUCCCAACCCAACACUUGAUUAUGACUCUUUGGGGUCCCCAUUGUCGAGGGUGUUGCUAGUAGAUCAUAACCACUUUCUGAUACUGUAGCCUCGUUUAUUACAUUACUUGUACAUUUUGGUUUCACAACAUCAAGCAGAAGA